AUGAGAUCCACCGUCUUUACAUCAAUUCUCGCAUUGGCGGCGACGAUGGCCAUGGGGUCGGCCGUGGCUCGAGCCAAGAAGCCGCCGUUUUUCUUUCUCAUCGGCGAUUCCACCGUGGCGGUCAAUGGAGGUUGGGGUGACGGCUUCCUGUCUUACCUCAAAGACCCCGCAAAGGGCGAGAACAGGGGCAAAAGUGGUUCUACCACCGUCUCCUGGAAGUCAAACGGCCGCUGGGCUUCACUCUUGCAGGGUAUCAACGACACUAGGGCAGACUACGAGCCAGUUGUCACUAUCCAGUUUGGCCACAAUGACCAGAAGAGUCUUACUUUGGAUGAGUUCAGGGCCAAUCUGGUUAAUAUCGCGACCGAGCUCAAGGACGCCGGGGCGACUCCGAUCUUCAUCACGUCUCUUACUCGCCGCCGCUUCGAAGAUGGCGAAGUGGUUCGAGAUCUUGCUGAAUGGAGGGGCAAAACGAUCGCAGCGGCAAAGGCCAGCAGCGUUAGGUGGCUUGAUCUCAACCUUGCGAGUACCGACUAUGUCAACGCCAUAGGGGAGGAAAACGCCCAGUACUAUAACCUGGCUAGCACCGAUAGAACCCACUUGGGGGAAGCUGGCGAGAUCGUUUUUGGCCGCAUGGUAGUUGACCUCUUGUUAGAGAAACGCAGCGAUCUAGACGUCUACUUCAGCGCUGACGAAGAGAUCACUGACGCUAUCGCGAACGGCGAAUUCACUACAGGAGGCAAGUGCAUCGAGGACACGAGCGAUCGUGUUUCUAUGAUGACAGAUCCCAGGACCAUGGCACUGACUGAUCAAUCCCAACUCUAUACUGCCAUGAUGAGGCGCCUUCUUGCACUCAUAUCAACUCUUGUCGCGAGCGCGUCCCCUCUUGCAGUGACGCGAGGUGUCCAUGAGCGGAACAUGAACCUGACUCUAAAAUGGGACAUUCUACCGGUCAACAGUCAACAACAAUUCCGAGGAUUGUCACCUGUGUCGGACCAAAUAGCCUGGGUGUCUGGUACAGGAGGAACGGUUCUUCGCACCACCGACGGCGGUGCUUCGUGGCAAUCAGUUGGUCCCGAAUUGUCGACCGAAGACGCCGACCUGCAGUUCCGUGACGUGCAGGCCUUCUCGGCCGAAAAGGCAAUCAUCCUAUCUAUUGGCGAAGGAGCGGACUCGCGCAUUUACAUCACGAAGAAUGGAGGAGAGUCUUGGACGCAGAGUUUCGCCAAUGAGGAGGCAUCGGCGUUUUUCAACUGCGUCGACUUUGAAGACGAUGAGAGGGGCAUUGCCGUGAGCGACCCAGUCGAUGGCAAGUUUCGAUUGAUUGAGACGCUCGAUGGGGGUAACACCUGGACCAUCGUGGACCCCAGCGGCAUGCCCUCUGCUUUAGAGGGCGAAUUCGGAUUCGCAGCCAGCGGGACUUGCAUCUCUACCGCAGCGGGUCGUUGGUAUCUUGCAUCGGGUGGCAUUGAUCCCGGCAGGAUCUUCCAGAGCGCAAACGGUUAUGAGUGGGAUGUCUCGAGCAGUGCGAUUGCGGGUGGUGCCUCGGCUGGGGUGUUCUCGGUACGAUUCAGAGACGCGCAAAACGGCAUUGCAACUGGAGGCGACUUCAACGUGGUCAAUGGUUCACUCCAUACAUCAGCAUGGUCCGAGGAUGGCGGAGAGACCUGGACCGCGUCGGAGGUGUUUCCGGGCGGAUACCGAUCGGGCUCAUCAUGGGCCCCGGGGCUGUGUGGGGUGGCUGUCGCAGUUGGACCAUCUGGCUCCGACAUCACGCUUGAUGCUGGAAAGACUUGGGUUACAUUUGACAGAGGCUCGUUCGACGCUGUCGAGUGCGUUUACGGCCGAGUCUGCUGGGCGUCCGGCUCAGCCGGAAGGGUGGGCAAGCUUUCAUUGAGAUGA